CAAAAGCCCACAAACCACAAGACAAAAAAGACUUCGAGAGGAGAAUAUAGAUGACUGAACCAGGGUUAGUUGAAAAUCUAACCAUGGUUAAACAUUAGGGUUAGAUUAUAUUAUAUUUCUUGGGUGCACGCUGUUUCGCAGAAAAGAAUAAACGGCUGCCUGCUUCGGAAAGCUCUCUCUUCUUCUUCACAGGCGAUUGCCCACCCAAUCUCAGCUUUUAGCAAUGGCAGACGCUCAUGAGAAUGAUAAGAACAUUGAGAUAUGGAAGAUCAAGAAGCUUAUCAAAGCACUUGAGGCUGCUAGAGGCAAUGGCACAAGCAUGAUAUCUCUCAUCAUGCCUCCACGAGAUCAGAUUUCUAGAGUUACUAAGAUGCUUGGAGAUGAAUUUGGAACUGCUUCAAACAUCAAGAGCAGGGUCAAUCGUCAGUCUGUGCUUGGUGCCAUCACUUCUGCUCAGCAGAGGCUCAAGCUUUACAGCAAGGUUCCUCCCAAUGGCCUCGUGCUCUAUACUGGAACCAUCAUAACUGAGGAUGGGAAGGAGAAGAAAGUCACAAUUGAUUUUGAGCCUUUCAGGCCUAUAAAUGCAUCUCUUUACCUCUGUGACAACAAGUUUCAUACUGAGGCAUUGAAUGAACUUCUGGAAUCUGAUGAGAAGUUUGGUUUUAUUGUCAUGGAUGGUAAUGGGACUCUCUUUGGGACACUAAGUGGUAACACCCGAGAGGUCCUCCAUAAAUUCAGUGUUGAUCUACCAAAGAAGCAUGGGAGAGGAGGACAAUCAGCUCUUCGUUUUGCUCGACUUCGAAUGGAAAAGCGCCACAACUAUGUGAGGAAAACAGCUGAACUUGCCACACAGUUUUUCAUUAAUCCUUCCACCAGUCAGCCUAAUGUUUCUGGAUUGAUACUUGCUGGGUCAGCUGACUUCAAGACUGAGUUGAGUCAAUCAGAUAUGUUUGAUCAGAGACUUCAAGCAAAAAUCCUGAAUGUUGUUGAUGUCUCUUAUGGGGGAGAGAAUGGUUUUAACCAGGCAAUUGAGUUGUCUGCAGAAAUACUAUCUAAUGUGAAGUUUAUUCAGGAGAAGCGCCUAAUAGGAAAAUACUUUGAGGAGAUAAGCCAGGAUACUGGAAAGUAUGUUUUUGGUGUGGAUGACACAUUGAAAGCUUUAGAGAUGGGAGCUGUUGAGAUCCUUAUUGUGUGGGAAAAUCUUGACAUCACUAGGUAUGUGCUAAAAAACAGUUCUACAGGUGAAGUUGUCAUAAAACAUCUGAACAAGGAUCAGGAAACCGAUGAGAAAAACUUUCGUGAUUCAGCUAGUGCAGCAGAAUUGGAAGUUCAGGAGAAGAUGCCUCUGUUAGAGUGGUUUGCCAAUGAGUACAAGCGGUUUGGAUGUAGUCUUGAGUUUGUUACCAACAAAUCACAGGAGGGAUCCCAAUUUUGUAGAGGAUUUGGAGGGAUAGGAGGCAUUCUCCGUUACCAGCUUGACAUGAGAGAAUUUGAUGAUCUUUCUGAUGAUGGUGAAGUUUAUGAAGAUUCGGAAUAGCAAUCAAUUAAAUUUACCCCAUCACAGGUGCAGGAUGAUGGGGUAAAAAGCAAGAAGGCUGCACCGGCGCGAGCUGUUCGCGUUUCUUCUGCUGCUCAGAAUGUCCCACAUGUUUUCAAAGCUCUAAUUAAGACCGUAUACAGUGAUGUUUCAAUCAAGUGGAUGAUGGAGCCAGUUAUGAAGUCAAUAUGUGGCCGGAAAAAGCAUCUAAACUUGCAAGGUUUCACCUUGAGGCUGGAGCUAGCUUCUAUUUACGUGGAUCUAAAUCCUUUGCACGUUUGUAUCUCGAUGGUCCAGCUCUGAUCUGGAAACUCAGUCUAUCAUGCAUUUGUGGUUUAAGAUUGCCUUGGUUUACAAGGUCAUGCUUGUCAGUACUAUUUCUGUGUUUUAGCUAUGGUUGCCAGUACUGUUUAUGUUUUUUUAACAAUGUGUUGGUAUUCUCACUGCUUUGAUUACAAAGCAGUUGUUGUCUUGAAAAAUUGAUUCUGCUGGAGUCUUUAACUUCUACUGUUGGUUGGAAGAUUCUCAUUAUAAAAGUUAUAUGUUUGAAUGUGUGUGCUAAUCUUCUUCUUUUGUGGUAUACUGAUAUCAUGCAUCCUAUGCUUUAAAGCUUCUUCAUUAUUUUUGCCAUUGAGGGUCGUUCUUAUAUCUGAGCCAAGGGGAGUUUUUUUCAGUAUAACUAGUCUCUGUUACUGUAUGCUUUACUUGCACUCAAUGAAACUCAUUUGGUUCU